AUGCCAGGGCCGCAAGGCCCGAGCGCUCGGCCUCUUCUUCCCGCCGCCGCCCUGGUGCUCCUGUGGCUGCUGCCGCUCUGCGUCCCCGUGAGGGGGUCGGCAGCGGCGGCGGCGGCGGCGUUCCUGGAUGAGGACAGCCGGCCCGGGCUAGGGCUCGGCGGGGCCGCCGCCGCCGCGCUCCCCUUGGCGGCCGACGUGACGGUGGAGGACGAUGAGGCCGGCGGCGAAGUGGCCCAAGCGGCGGCCUUCACCUCCGGGGAGCAGGAGGAGGAAGGCGCGGAAACGCCCGCGCGGGGCGGCAGCUGCAGGUGAGGCACCGGAGCGCGGCGGGGAUCUCGGCAGAGGCCUGGAUCCGGUUGCCUUGCUUCCGCGAUCCCUGCUCUCUCCUCCAUCGCUAGCCACGGGCCAGGCUCCUGUUGUUGUAGUUGUCGUGUGUGUGUGUGUGUGUGUAUAUAUAUAUAUAUAUAUGUAUAUAUGUAUAUAUAUAUGUAUGUAUAUAUGUGUGUGUGUGUGUGUAUAUAUGUGUGUGUGUGUGUGUGUGUGUGUGUGUAUAUAUAUAUAUAUAUAUAUAUAUAUAAUUUUUUAUUAAUUUUAACAUAUUGAUUAUCAUACAUACAAAACUUCACUUCUUAUACAGUCUUUUAGGACUUCCAUCAGCACCUCUGAUGAUCCACCAUUCUUACCACUUUUUCUGCAUUUCUUAAAUUCGUAUUGCCUUUAAUUAUCUUAACUAAUAAUUCUCCUCUUUGCCAUUUUUGCAAUAAUUCACCUUACAAAACUUCUUGCAAACCUACAAGCGUAAUCUGAUCGUCACAAUUACUUUUCAAAGUCCGUAAAUUCCCCCCCUUCCCCCCCAAUGUCUCAACAAAUGAAACUGAUUUGUAAAAAUGUUACAUGGAAAAAAUAGAGACAUUACACAUACUUCUGUAAAACAAGAAAAUCUUUAAUAAAAAAAAAAAUUAAUGGGAAAAAAAUAGUCUGUAAAUUUAUGCCAGUCUUCUGUGAUUCUCUGGUCCCGCAGGUUUCAAAUUCUUCCUGUUAAUUUGUCUAAUUCUGCAGAGUCCAUCAGUUUCAUCCUCCAUUCUUCUUUUGUCGGUAUUUCUUCUUGCUUGUUGUUGUUGUUGUUGACAAUCAUCUCGCUCUUGUCCCAAGCGCCCUUCAUGAUGCAGGAAUCCAACUAGAAGAGGGGCUUUAUAAUGUCUUGGGUUUUUUCUUAUUUGCUUCUCCCUCUCCCUCCCAAGAAUUAUUAUUAUUAUUAUUUAUUAAAUUUGUACGCAGCCCUUCAUCCGCAGACCUCAGGGCGGUUCACAGCAUAACAAUGCAGUAUAAAAAAACGAAAUGCAUAAUAAUAAUAUUUUUAAAUUUAUACCCCGCCCUCCCCACCCGAAGCCGGGCUCAGAGCGGCUAACAACAGUAAAAUGAUACAACAUUCUAAAAUCAUUUCAUUAUAAAAUCAGUUCAAAUCAGAUUAAUAACAAGAACAAAAGGAAGCAAGAACCCCCCUGCCCCUCCCACACAUGGUUCUUCUGCAACCCUGCCCCCCCCCAACUUCGUUUUUGUGUUCCUGCAGUUAACACACCAUUGAGGUGGGCUAAGUGUGGAAUGGACUGGCUCGAGGUAUUCAUCUCAGUAACCUUUCCCUGGUUUGAAACGAUCACCUGACUCACCAGCAAUACCCUGAGUAUAAGAACAACCUGCUGCUGGUCCACCAUCCUUUUUUAUUAUUUAUUUGUUUCAAGUUUAAACGCAACACAUCAAAACUCCACCAUGCUGUUCUCACUGCGCUGCAACUUGAUAGGGUUUGGGGUCUUCAUUGCCCCUCUUCUGUUGGUGGCCGUUUCUGUGGGAGUUGGCGGGAGAGCGUUGUGUUUGUGUGCAAACCAGACUGCUGGAAAAGCCACAGGUGGCUGUUUGUUUGGCCGUUGAGCAGUUGGAUAGGUGCUGGGGAUUGCAUGCCCAGUGGGUGUGGCCUGAGGUGAUGGUGCGCGUGGCUUGGACAUGUAUACAAUUGCGCAUAUACACACACACACAUGGUUUUUUCUUGCUGGGGUGGAGACUAGCAGGCCUGUGGCCUCUCCAGCAGGAAAAGAAGUGCCCUUUGAAUGCACUUUCCUUAUUGUAGUCACACAAAAUUUUGGCAGUUGGGGCAGCUUGGGUCCCUGCAUGGGCUGUUACUUGCCCACAUGUUCAGCGAUAGAUAUACUUUUCUCUAAGUAUUCUAAUCUCGAAGGGUGGUAUUUUUCAUCUUUCAGAUUACCUACCUACCUCUGUGUGUGUUAGGAGACAAAUCUGCCUUCUUAUGUGGACCUAUUUGCAAAGAUGCAAAAAUCUGUGUGAUGCUUACAGCAUUCAGUGCACUGUCUUCCUGUUUCUGAGAACUUGUAUAGUUUAGUGAGAUUGUUCCUUCAUACCCUGUAUUGGUACAUUCCUUAUGUUCAAUGUUAUAUUUGGCAAACUAUACAUUUGAUCACACCAGUAACGAAAGUGUUAAGUGAAUAGUUUCCCAGGCAAUAGCUUGCCAUUGAGAGUGAUGGCAAAUGAGUACUGUACUGUAUGUUGAAGUUGAAGAUAAUGUUACUUUAGUCAUCACUUAGCCCAAAGGUAGAUUUUGGAAAGUCCAUGCUUGUGCUGAAACCUCCAGAGGCAUUAAAAUGUUUAAACCAUGAUCACAGUCCUUUGUGACUGUAAUAUUUGCAUGCCUCUGGUAGUGGUAUGAUUUGAAGAAUCUUGUGUAUGCAAGCCACUGCACAGCCACAAAAAAGUCCUUAUAGCUCAUUCCUAUGCAGACUUACUUUUGAAGCGACUACCAUUAAAUAGUCAUCCAUCUGCUUUCAGUACAGCCUAUAUGCUGUCCACCUCUCUGUCUCAGAAUAUUAUUCGUACUGUACAAUCUGGCACUUGCAUCUGCUUCUUUUGAUCUGCUUGGAUUCUUCUUUGUCUUAAGUUCAGUACUGUAUGUCCAAGAAUCAAAUUUACCUUUUCCCCAUCCCAAAGCUCUCAUUUCCUUAUAUUUGUACAACAUCACCAUCCACACCAUUGAACACCCACAAAGCACUCUUUUUCUUUUCACACUUUUGAAAGUGAAUUCAGUGGCCAAAAGAUAGGACAGUGGGAUAGACCCAAAAGCAGAUGUGCCGAAAGCAAUAGGGUGAUUGAGAGAGGUUUAAGGGGACAAGGGGAAAUGAGUGUUUUGGAGGCCUAACACACACACCCUGCCCCCGGUUCUAUAAUUGAUUUUAAGGUACUUGAGAUGUCUCAACCCAAGUGCCUCAGUUUCCUAUGCAUUAGCGUCUGUGCCCCCAUAAUGAACUCUGGGUCAGCGGCAUCCCCUGGGCUUCAGUAGGAGCCUGGUGACUCUGCUGGCUCCACAAGCCAGCUAAGGCUAGAGAUAUGACAUUUUUAUAAAAUAUGAAGCUGCAGAAAAAGUGGUUUGUGAAAAAUCAAAGUACUGUACAAACUACUUGCUGGUUAAUAUUAUUUUAUGGCUUUAACAGCAUUAAAAUUAUUUAUAGCUUAACAAAUAAAACUGUACCAUAUUGCAUAUUCAUGAAUCUUAUAAAACAAUCCUAUUGGCAAAACCCCUGGCACUGCCCACCACCUCCUGCCCCUUGCUGCUGCUUGGCACCUGGCACUCAUCACUGCCAGGCACUCACUGUUGCUGGUGCUUGCUGCCUCCUGCUCCUCAGCCCUGUCUGCAAUGGCACACUCCUCUACUCACCCCUGGGCUGCCCUGAAGAGGGCAAGGAGGAGGAAGAUGACCCAGGGGGGUGAGUAGGGGAGUGAACCACCAACCAUAAGUUCUCUGCUGCAGCUGUUGGGAUUGAGGAGAAGGAGGCAGCAAGUGUCCAGCAGUGGUGAGCAGUAAGCCCCUGGCAGUGGUGACUGCUGGGUGCUGAGCAGGAAGAGGCUCCGGGGGCACCAGCUCCACCUGUGUGUGGGGAGGCAUGAUGGUGUGGUGAGUGGUGGCUGCUCUUGGGGGUGAGGCAGCAGGAGAUGCAGCCCCCAACCAACCUCGCUUGUACUGCCGCUGGCUUCUCCUUUCAGGGUGACGCCCCACAUCACUUUGCUUCAUGGAAUCCUGUUCAUGUUUACUCAUAAUUAUUAUAUCCUUUGUUUAGUGGGGCUUACUCUUGGGUAAGUAAGCAUAGGAUUGCAGCCUCAACCAUAUGAAAGGCUUAGGCUGCAGCCUCGUACACAUACAGUAAGCCUUUUUGAAGGCAAUGGGACUUACUUCUGAGUAGAUAUGUAUAUAAUGCUGUUUUGCAGCAGGAUGUUUGUGCUGUAGUCAUCUGAGGUGAAAGGGAGGGGGCAGGUCAGUAUCUCUUAAUUGCAUGAGAGGUCAUAGAAAGAGGGCAGGCUGGGGUUCAUAAUAAAUGAAGGCCCUGUAUAGUCCACUCAUGAAGAUGGCAGUACCCUCUAGGUGCAGAAAUGCACAUUGGAUAUGUGUAAUAUAUUUAAAUAUUUAUAAAUGACACUUACAUAAGAAAUACAAGGUGGUGUACAAAUAGUAAAAAAUAUAACAGUACAGUGAUAAUAUUAGAAAAAAAUGUCUGAAAACUGGUUGGUAACAAAUGUCAACUGCCUUAUAAAGUCCUGACAUCCAAGUAGGCAAAUAUCUGCAAGUAUUUGGAAUCAGUAAAUAAGAUUAUAUAUUGUCAAAUCAGAAAUACUUCACUCACCCUAAGUGUUUGUUAACAUCUGAGAUGUGUACAGUCGUGACUCGGUUCUCGAACGCCUUGUUAUUCGAACGUUUUGGCUCCCGAACGCCACAAACCUGGAAGUGAGUGUUUUGGUUUGUGAACAUUUUUUGGAAGCCGAACAUCUGACGCGGCUUCCGAUUGAGUGCAGGAAAUUCCUGCAGCCAAUUGGAAGCCGCACCUUGGUUUUUGAACAUUUUCAGAAGUUGAACGGACUUCUGGAAUGGAUUCCCUUCAAGAACCAAGGUGCGACUGUACACAAUACACAGUUUAGUAAUUUUUUCGUAUUAUGGGGUCGUGGUGUAGAAUCACUAUAAUACAGCUAUUAAUGUGUUCCAGCUUCCUAUAUCUGUUUGACAUUCUUAAUAUGAAACCAGAGUACAUAGCAGUAAUUAACUCCUGCUUGAGGUAGUUAUUUCUGUUCUAAAUAAACAUGGCAUCAGCCUUGAACAUGAUAAGGCUGGACUUGUCUUGUGACUAUAAUUGUUCAAACAAAAGCACUACCUUUUGGCUCUGGAAAGAAUUGUUUGUCUAAAGGUAUGGCUUAUGAAAGAAAUUACACUAUUACAGUGGUACCUUGGGUUAAGUACUUAUUUUGUUCUGGAGGUCUGUUCUUAACCUGAAACUGUUCUUAACCUGAAGCACCACUUUAGCUAAUAGGGCCUCCUGCUGCUGCCGCGCCGCCGGAGCACAAUUUCUGUUCUCAACCUGAAGCAAAGUUCUUAACUCGAGGUACUAUUUCUGAGUUAGCGGAGUCUGUAACCUGAAGCGUAUGUAACCCGAGGUACCACUGUAUUAGACUACUGAGGGUUUUCCAAAGAGAUGCUCAAGAGGACUCUGAACAUACUGGAGUUCAGGGAUAUAAUUAAGAGUUAUCUUUAAAAAUAAGAAACUUUGUCUAAAACUAUAAAAUUUUGCUGAGACGAAUCUCUGCUUGUGAGUAGGGCUCAUUUGUUGAAGGGAUGUCAUGCAGCAAUGAGAUUCAGGACGUGCUUUGCGUAAGGUGCAAUGCAACUGCUUAACAAUUGUGAGGAUCUAGAUCUACUGCAGUUCCAUUUGCAUUGUACUGUGAAAGUACAGUAUAUCCUACUUGGUUGCAGCCCUGCUACUAAUCUUGCUGUGCCUUUGCUCUUGUCCCCGCUCCCCAAGGGGUUGAAAAGACGAGAUUAUCCAGUGCCAAUACAAAUAUGUGGCAAAUGGGGAAGGAAAUGUUUAUUUAUUAUUUGACUUCAUUUAAGAAUUGCUUCCUAUGAAAUGUCCUAAGGCAAUUUAGCAAGAAAAACAAUUUCUAAUCCAGUGCUUCUGCAGGCUAGGAUAAAAAUCUCAACUUAAAAAUCUUGUUAGAAAAAGGUUUGCAAUAGCUGCUGAAAAGUCAGUAGAGACAGCAGCUGCCUGAUAAGCAACAGAAGAGAGUUCCAAAGGGUAGGUGCUGCCACAUUAAACAUCCCAAGUUCUACAUGGUACAUAGAAUAAACCUCCUGAUGUAAGAGUAUCUGUAGGGGGUCUGGUAGCUAAUUGGCAGCCAGCGGAGUUCUUUCAGCAGCAGCAUAAUGUGAUGGCAAUAUCUUCCCCAGUGAACAGUUGAACUGCUGCUUCCAGGCAAGCUUUGGAGGGAGCACCACAUGAAGCAUAUUGCAGUGUCCAGGCUAUUACAGUCCAGAAAUGACCCGGCCAAAGCUGAAAAGGGCAUUCCAAGGUGCUCUCAUCACCUGGGACUGUAGUGAUAGAAAUGAAACCAUGGGAACCCCCAGACUACCAACCUGCUCCUUCAGUGGGAAUACAGCCCCAGCUGAAGCAGGGACUUGACCACUUAUCGAGAAUAGAUUAAGAAACUGCUCACCCACAGCUCCUAUGUCUUGCCAGGAUUCAAACUGCAUUGGCCUUCAUCUAGUCAUCAGACUUCAGAAACUGACCCAGGUCUUGCACAGCUCCUCUCCUUGUUACAGAAAAAUGGAAAUCUAAUGAUUCCUAAUAAUAAUAAUAAUAAUUAUUAUUAUUAUUAUUUAUUUAUACCCUGCCCAUCUGGCUGGGUUUCCCCAGCCACUGGGCGGCUUCCAACAGAAUAUUAAAAUACAGUAGUCUAUUAAACAUUAAAAGCUUCCCUAAACAGGGCUGCCUUCAGAUGUCUUCUAAAAGUCUGGUAGUUGUUUUUCUCUUUGACAGUGGUUUUAUUUAGGUACUAAAUUGGCACCCCACAGCACAACUGUUAGGGGGCUGAAUACCUGGUGAUAUUCUAUUACAACAACCCUGAAGAUAGGGUUGAAAUCAUCCCUCGGUGCCCAUCACAGAGCUGGUUCAUCAAGAUACCAUGGGCAGUGGUAUCAAAAGUGGCUGAGCUAUCAUCAUAAUAAUUUUAUUUGUAUUCUCCCUUUCCAUGGUUAAAACCAUGCUUACAACAUGACAAUAGUUACCUAACUGCAAACAUAACAAAAGCCACAGGCAAUAGAUAAAACACAUUAAAAACUAGUCAACCAAAUUGAAACAUUUUCCACAUAAAUCGUAAGAAGAUGUAAAGAUACAAAAAUUAAUAUCAACAACAACACUCAACAUCCCCUCAGCAAAACACUCUAAAACAGCCCAAGAGUGUCCAGCUGCUUUUGUAGCUGGAGUCAGUCAGGGCUCCACCCUCCCAGGUUAGGUGGAGAAAGUCUUCAAGGACUUGCAGCCAAGAUGACAUAAUAGAGUCACAUUCCUUCUGUCGUCCUGAUAAAGGACAUCUCUCAGAGAGACCAAAUCUGAUACAGUUCCAUAACCAGACUUCAACUCAGACUUAAAUUGGUCUGGGUAAUCUGUUUUAUCCAAGAGUGUUUGUAACUUUGCUGCCAUGACCCUCUUCAUUAUCUUCCCCUCAAAUUGAGUGUUUAUGACUGGGCAAUAGUUACCACAAAGCAACAGCUCCAAGGUCGGUUUUUUCAGUAGUAGUCAUAUUGCUGCCUGUUCAAGAUACCUGGGACCAGUCCCUCGCACAAGAAUACAUUGAUCCCACAUAGGACCCAACUAGCCAUUACCAGCAUGAUUUAAUAAGCCAAGAGGGGAAGGGUCAAGGGAACGCAUGGAUGGGCACAUCACCAGGCUGCAUGAAGUGAAAAUGAUCCCACAUGUGUUAUGCCUCUAUUAAGAGUGGGUCAAACUAUUUUGGGUUCUUUUUUGUUGUUGUUGGGGUUGAUGUUGGUUUCCUGUCACAAGUUGGCAUUAAGUAGGUCCUGGGUCUUAAAAACAUGAACCCUUGAAUAGUGUGAUUUCUAGUUCUGACUUCUGGAUGUGUCUUCCAUUUACAGAUCAUUAAUAAUCAUAAGCACUUUGGAUGGACGGAUUGCUGCUCUAGACCCAGAGAACAGAGGUAGAAAGCAGUGGGAUCUAGAUGUGGGAUCAGGUUCUCUUGUCUCCUCUAGCCUCAGUAAACCAGAGGUAAGAUAAAUACAUUGUUGCAUGGUUCUAAAAUACUCGUUUGUUUAUUACUAGUUUAAUAUCUUUUUCUGUUUUCAUUUAAGUUAAGAUUUGCAAAAAGUUCUCUUGACUCUUGCAUCUGUUGUAAGGACCAGAAAAAAACGUUAUCAACUUCACUACUAUUUACUUGGAUAUCAGUGUUCUGAUUUUUAAAACUACUCUUUACCACACAAAUGUGUCCAUAUAAACUUGUAUGUUAAAUACUUGCAUUGUUUUUUUGGUACCAAACACAAAAUGUAGGGAUAUUAUGGAUUUGAUCCUGUCCUAAUCUGACUCUUUUAUUUUCUAGCCAGUAAAUUUAUUACAAAAAUACAUGGAAGUAAGCACCAAUGAAUUUUGUUGGACUUACUUCUGAGUAAGACUGUGAGGAACGCUAGGGGAGAGAGCCUGUUCCAUCAGUUCCUAAAGUUGACAUGGGGGGGGAUAUUAUUUGUUGACUCUGAUACUUUAAAUUGUAAAUCUAUUGGGUUUCUUGGCCAAAAGGCAGUGUAUAAAUGAAUAAAGAAUACUUUUCUUCCUUACAAUAGAAUGCCGUUGUAGCAGUUCCUUCAGUUGCUUUUGCAAAUCUUCCCUUUUCUGACCAUUAAUAGAACAAAUAGGGCCAUUAAUGGCAGCAUUAAAAAGGUCAAAGUCCUUUUCCCCGUGCCUCUCUAGGGACCUGAACAUUAAGAGCCUGUCAGAACUGAAAGUCACACUGGUUGACAAUCCUCCAAUAAGCUAGUUAGUAUCUUAAUUUUGAAUAGCAUUAACCCUAUGGAAGAAAAUAUCUUUAGGCUGCAUUCCUAUAUCCAUUUGGCAGCAAAGAAACAAUCAAAAUAUGUACUUCUAAAACACUUCAUGUCUUUGAAUUUUGACUAUAAAAUAUUCUUGCAUGACCUUAUAUAUUUACAUGGGAGUUGUAUUGAAAUCAGUGGUAUUUCCCUCAGAGUAAAAAUCUAUUUUCCAUCUUGUAGAACACACUGAGCAUUUUCUUAAAGGUUGUUCAGUCAGCUGAAAUGCAACUUGAGUUUAACUUUUAAUUAGAAAUGCAGUAAUAUGAAGUUGUACUAUAUCAAAAUAAUUACCCAAGGUUAUAACAGCUGGUCUGAACUUGGAUAGAGAGAGAGAGAGAGAGAGAGAGAGAGAGAGAACGAAAGAAGAGAGAGAAGUAUUUAUCCUUUGCUUAAUUCUUAUUCCCACACCUUAAAAAUUAUUAAUAAUUAUUCUACUUAAUCUUAAUUACUUAAUUCUUAAUCUUUCAGUUAAGAUUAGUUGAUACUGAGGUAAAAGACCUUUAAUUAGUGAUUACAACAUUUUGCAGAUCAAAGUAGGGAACUGAGUUGCAUUCUCACCUUACAAACCUUGUUUUUAAUUCUGAAUCCUUGCUUGCUCAGACUAGUUAUCAUAGAUACUAUAGCUACAGACUAUUUCAUCUUCCUGUAUUGCCACACCUCUUUCUGUUCAUUGUUUUAUUUACUCCAGCUGGAGUAAAGGUGAAAGAUGGUUGCAAGUGCUUGAAAUAUAUUUCUAAUAAAGAGUUACUGUAGACCCUGGUUCACUGGGAUUGUGUUACUUGUUUUCUAUAUAUACCUGGCACCUUCCUUACAUAUCUUUAGGCACCAGAGGAAAACAUUCCUCUUCUCCCAGGCCUUUGGCUAAUUAAACAAUCCAUGGCCUUUUAAAAUGGGGAGUGGGGUAUUAUUCUUGCGGAGAAACUGGUAAAAUGUGGACUGGAUGAGAUAACUCGUAGGUGGAUCUGUAGCUGGUUGACUGACCAAACCCAAAGAAUGCUCAGUAAUGGUUCCUCAUCAGCCUGGGGAAUAUGUGUUACAUGGGGUCCUGCAGGGACCCAUGACGGGACUCAAAUCAGCUUAAGAAGAAUCCCUAAAGAUUUUCGCAAGAACAGCAGAGUUCAUUGUCAUACCAUGCAGCUUUUGAAAGGUGAAUGACCAGCCUGCCUUUUCCCUAAAGGAAGGAAUCACUCUUCUCUCACUUCCUUCUCUGCAAACAUAAGCAUAGCGCUGCAAAAAACAAGCCCAAGUGAAUUCACAUGUAGACAGUGGACAGGAAGAGCGAACCCUAAUUACAGUUAAAUUUGUAGAUUAUAAAUAAAUGCAAAUAACUAUACAGAAAAGUGACCAAAGUCACCAGAGUACUCUGUGGGGAAGACAGGGUUAAGUUUUCAAAAUCUAAGGUAGCAGGAGUUAGGGUUGUUCUGACCUCUUAUCCUUCCGUACCUUUGCAAACUAGGUAAUCAGGUGAUCUAUUUAUUUGGUAUUUUUGGCCACAAACCAAUGAAUUAGCAGGUGUACAUUAACCAACUAAAUCAACAUUCCAGCACUAGACAAAGUUUAUCCCUAAGGGGAAAAAACAAGAUCUUCUAAAGAAGCAGUGUAGGAGAACUGGAAUUCUGUAGAUGAAACCAAGAAAGAAGAAGUGAAGAAGUUUCAGUUGGGAUAUGCUCAUCUUGCACUAUUUAUAGGGUUUAUGCCUAAAAGCAGUCAAGGACACACAGAAUAUACAUAUUCCAUGUUAGGCUGCCUAUGCAUAGCCUGCACAUAAAGACAGCAGUCUGCUUAUAGUUACCACUGCAGAUCAUGUUCAAAGCUUCCUGUAGCACUCAGUAAGAGGAAGUGCACCUGUGUGAUAUUCUGGGAUGGCCAAUACAAAACAGCUGAACAGAUAAUACAGCUAAGAUUAUAUAAAUAGAAAUUAGUGACAAAUCACAUUAUGCAUGAGAACAAAGAACCAACAAUUUUUGAGAAUAUAGAAAUAAAAAACUGGUUACAGUGGUACCUCGGGUUACAUACGCUUCAGGUUACAUACGCUUCAGGUUACAGACUCCGCUAACCCAGAAAUAGUGCUUCAGGUUAAGAACUUUGCUUCAGGAUAAGAACAGAAAUCGUGCUCUGGCGGCACGGCAGCAGCAGGAGGCCCCAUUAGCUAAAGUGGUACUUCAGGUUAAGAACAGUUUCAGGUUAAGAACGGACCUCCGGAACGAAUUAAGUACUUAACCUGAGGUACCACUGUAUACUGCUUUAGAACAUUCUAAAUAGGGAUAUUCCUGCCAUGUAUAAUUAAAAAAGUUCACCUGGAAUCUCCCAGGUGAAAACCCAGACUAUAAAUUGGAGGGCUCAAAGGUCUUGAGGAAGGAUUGUAAUAGCAGAAAUCAAUGCCAGUGGAGACAAUUCAGAGUUCAGGAAGUAAAGUGAAGUUAAAACCAGACUCUUCUGGUUGAUGUAUGCAUAAGUCAAGUGAUGAGAUCACCACAUGCUCCAGAAAGAUUGGGAGCAUGGGCUCCCAGUGGAAUUAGGAAGAGGUUCAAAUAAUGUGUACUAUCAUGCGGAAGUAGAAAGGGAUUUCAUGGGAGGCAGUAAGAAUCAGCAAAGGCAUGUAAGUUAGGUAAAGAAAUGACAUCACCCCCUUCUUCCUUUUUGCUUAAAGCAUUAUCUCAUCUAAUGCAAGAAUGAGUCAUCCAGGCAGUCAUGUCCAAUUAUCUUGAUACAAAGGAUGUAGGGUAUCACAAGGUACUUACACAUGCCUUGUGAACUGUCAAUUUAAGUCAUCAUUUGUUCAACUUCACUGAACAGAAAUCAUUAUAAUUCUGUCUUAUAUUUAAUUCAUAUAGCCAAGUGCCUUUCUGUUUUCAUAUGAAAUGAGGCUGCCCCAAAAUAAGAAGGCUGUUCUACAUAUUCAGGGAAUUCUUUAUGCAUGCGCAAUGAUAAAUAUUCGUUUCUGUUUUUUAAAAUCUGAUCAUCCAAGAACAUAGAUGGCAGUUUAAGCAGAGAUUUUAAAAAGGAAGUCACUCACACCACUAUCUAAGACAGAUGGAACUUCCCAGUUCCUUUAGACUGGGGUAGCCAACUCCCAUCAGUCCCAAGCAGCAUGGGCAGUUUAGAUGGAUGAUGGAAGCUGUAGUCCAGCAACUUUAGGAGGGCUCCACCUUGGCUACCCCUGCUUUAGACACUGUUAACAACUCUCUCUCCUAGGGAACAAUCGCUGGAAGAGGCCAAGAUCAGCAUCAGAAACUGACAUAUAAGCUAAUCGGCAAACGGUGCCUUAAACCUAGGUUACAGUCACUAUAAUGGAAUGUCCAGGUGCCUUUACUGCAGCAAACUUUAUUAUUAAAUCUCAAAGCGGUUUACAACACAUUAAAACAUCAAAUAAAACAAUACAGAACAAAUAUUUCAGAUGCUUCUCUAAGUGAGAUUUUGCUUUCCCCAUAUUUAUUUACCUACUAAAUUUAUAUAGCUGCCCCAUAGCAGGAGGACUCCAGGAAGGCAGUGUGGUGUAGUGGUUAGUGUGUCAGACUAGAACCUGGCAGAUCAGCAUUCAAAUCCCCACUCACUUAUGAAGAUCAUAGGGUGACAUUGGGCCAGUCACAGCCCCCUAACCUAGCUAGCCUCCAGAGCAGGAGAAAAUAAGUAUGUUCCAUCCUCCAUGUGACAGCCCUUUAGAUAUUUGAUGACUAUCUUAUCUCUGCUCAGUCUCCUCUUUUCCCUCAACCGUGCCUCAUAAGGCUUGAUUUCCAGACCCUUGAUCAUCUUGGCUGCUCUCCUUUGCACACAUUCUAGCUUGUCAAUACCCUUCUUAAAUAGUGCUGCCCAGAACUGGACACAGCGCUCCAGGUGUGGUCUGACCAUGGCAGAAUAGAGCGAGACUAUUACUUCCCUUGUUCAAUACACUAUACUUCUGUUGAUGCAGCCUAGAAUAGCAUUAGUUUUGUUUUGUUGGGUUCUUGUUUGCUGCUGCGUCACACUGUUAACUUGUUUUAAGCUUGUUGUCUACUAAGACCCCCUAGAUCCUUUUUACAUGAACUACUGACAAGCCAGGUGUCCUCCAUGUUAAUUUUGUGCAGCGGGUUCUUCUUCCCUAUGUGUAGAACCUUAUAUUUGUCCCUAUUUGAAUUUGUUUUGUUAGUUUGAGAGCAGUUCUCCAAUCUGUUAUGGUCAUAUUGAAUCCUGAUUCUGUCUUCAGUGGCAUUGACUACCCCUCCCAGUUUGGUGCCAUCUGCAAAUUUGACGAGCAUCCUCUCAAUACAUUCAUCAGUGUCAUUUGUAAAGAUGUUGAACAACAUGGGGAGAGGUGAAAUAUGAAUAAAUAUUCCCUCCUCCUCUGGGUGCCUCUGCAAAAUGAAUGGUGUCAGAGAGGCUCACCUAGCAGCUAUUUUGCGUGGCAAGUCCCCCUCCCCCCUUGGAAAUAAAGACACAGGACACGGUGUUUAAGGUUAAUGGGCGGAAAAGGCCACAACUUUAUUGAUUGCAGGAAUUUUGCGGUAUUGGCUUAGGCAUUGGUCCUAUCGACUAUAUCCGACUUCAGCCCAUCCGCUGAAGUCCAGGAAGGGUUAACCACCAGCAGGGGGAGUCCUGCUGAUGCACAUCAACUAGGAGCUCCCCCGGGGUCACUGCUCGGGGGCGUGCCUUAGGCCCACACCUCCAUUGGCUUUGGACAGGGCAACGCCCCCCCCCCCCCGGGAAUCCUUUACUGGACUACCCUUUGCUUUGGGGGAAGGUGAUGGCGCUUCCUUCCCCCCUCAUUUGCAUAACAAUACCCCUACCAAUGCCUAACCACCAAUGCCGAGAAGUUGUGACGAUUUGCUAUGAGGUAGGCGAAAAACCAAAUGGCUGGUGCCAAUUUGCCAAGUGGAAAAAAAUCCUACCAGGCCCCUUGACGGCAACCAACUGAAGUCCAUAGCAAGGUCAGAGCAGAAACUAAGGGCGGGCGGGGUGGGAAACCGAGUCAGCUGGAACAGGAAAGAGAGGGCGUUCCUCAGGCCCGCAGGCCAUAAAUAGCCUAGGCCACACACCUCCCCGGCCAGUUGAUUGGCUGAACAGGGAGAUGAUGCGCCUGAGGAUUCCCUCAUUCCUGUGGGGGCUGGGAAUCUCCAGCUCAGAAGUGGCUUUGUCUUGUGGGUGGGCUUUUCAGUCCUAAAAGAUGUUUAGGGCAUUGUGAUUCUGCACUAUUAUUUUUUCUAUUUCUAGUUUUACUUUGGUUUUAUUCUGCUGCUUUUUUAUUUAUUCUGCUUUAAAUUCUAUGUUUGCUUUAUUUGUUUGCUAAAUAGUGUUAACUGUUACUGUAAACUGCCUAAAGAACACUUGUUGAGUGGUAUGUAAAUAAAUAUUGAGAAUGUCUAUGCAUAUAAAAGCUAUUGCAGAUUCCAAUACACAACACACAAACUGGCAUUUCCAUCUAUGCCAAGCUAAAGGUGGAGGAAGUAGCUAAAAAUGAAUAUUCACAAUUUACAGUAGACAUGUAAAAUGUAUAGUAGACAUGUAAAAGACAAACGAUGGAGAUUAAGCUACAAAUUAUUACUGCAUUGUGCCCCAAAAUUGAUAAAAAAUAUGUUUGUGUCCUGGUUGCCAUUAUAUGUAUUUCUGUUCUAAUGCUUUGUAGGUAUUUGGGAAUAAGAUGAUAAUUCCUUCCUUGGAUGGGGACCUUUUUCAAUGGGAUCGUGACAGAGAAAGCAUGGAAGCUGUCCCUUUCACUGUGGAAUCUCUUCUUGAAUCAUCAUACAAAUUUGGAGAUGAUGUUGUCCUGGUUGGAGGGAAGUCCUUGACAACAUAUGGGCUGAGCUCAUAUUCAGGAAAGGUAAAAAGUUUCUUAAUGAUGAUAGACUUUUUCUUACAUAUUUGCAAGAGAGCACAUCAAAAUACAUCAUGCGCUCAGCACCAGAUAGCACUGGCCCAUUUUACUUCUGGCUAUCAGCUGCAUGCUCUUAAUAGAAGCUGUACAUAUAUGGAAAUUUACCAGUUUCCCAGAAAGAAACUCUCACUUAGCCCAGAUGGAGCAAGGUAAGCUUCACUGAAAUUGAUGAGGCUACUUAUGCACUUACUUAGUUACUGCUUAAAGAUUAUUUAUUAUAUAAUUUCUUGUGGAAUAACCUGUAUGGAACCAGGGUUAUUGUAGUAGCAUUUCUUGCCCUUGUGCUUCCCUAGUAUCACACCAGGCAGGGCUCCCACCAGAAUCCUCUGAGCAGGGCUGAGUGGCUGGAUCUUACUCAGGGAUCUUGCACAAGGAAGUGGAGCUGAGCAGUUUCCCUGUACCACAGCUCACUCCACUCAGCAGAAGUUGAGGGAGAAGGGAUGAGGAGGUGGGUAAGCCAGCUCCUUUUGCUGGCAGAUGUCUGGAUCCAACUCCAUAUUUCCCAUAAGGCCUCAGUUUUAAUCUCACAUACAAGGUGGAUUUAGGCAAGCCAUUCUCUCUCUGAAUUUCAGCGCUAUGUGUAAUACAGUGGUACCUCGGGUUAAGUACUUAAUUCAUUUCGGAGGUCCGUUUUUAACCUGAAACUGUUCUUAUCCUGAAGCACCACUUUAGCUAAUGGGGUCUCCUGCUGCUGCUGCGCCACCGGAGCACGAUUUCUGUUCUCGUCCUGAAGCAAAGUUCUUAACCCGAGGCACUAUUUUUGGGUUAGCGGAGUCUGUAACCUGAAGCGUAUAUAACCCGAGGUACCACUGUAUAGAGUAACAACGUUGGCCCACCUUGGAAGUUUUCUAGGUCUUACAGAGGUUGGCUUAUUUUUACAAAUUUCUAUUCUGCUUCCAAGCUGUAUUGUUUCUAUUUCUAGCCACCAGGGGGCAGGGUGGUUGUUUAAAUUUAUUACUUGCCUUUCAUCCUUGGGCCUCAGGACAGGUUACAACAAUUUUAAAUACAUUAAAAGCAGCUUAAAGUGACCUACAGCCAGAAAAAUAGAGUGACUCCUUAAAAUUGACAUCACUGGUUUCAAAGGCAAGGGAAAAGAGGUAUGUCUUCAGCAUUCACCGAAAACUGUACAGUGAAGUUGCCAGACACACAACUGUCGAGAGGGUGCUCCACAAACUUGGGGCUGCCACAGAGAAUGCAGUCUCCCAGACUACAACCACCCACUGCCAAUCUUAACUGCCAAGAGCAGUGAUGGCCAAACAUGGCCCUCCAGCUGUUUUGGGACUACAAUUCCCAUCAUCCCUGACCACUGGUCCUGUUAGAUAGGGAUGAUGGGAGUUGUAGUCCCAAAAUAGGUGGAGGGCCAAGUUUGGCCAUCACUGGCCAAGAGGGUCUGUAGCAAAGAAGGCAGUUUUUCAAAUAUUUGGGACCUAAAUUAUUUAGGGCUUUAAAAAGGUAGCUUGAGUGCCUUGAAUUAUGCUGGCAACCAAUGCAGCUGUUUUAAAACAGGAUCAUGUGCAAUCUAAAGGAACCCCAGCCAGUAAUGGGCUGUUGCAAUUUGGACCAAUUGAAAUUUCUGAGUUGCCUUCAAGGGCAGCCCCAUGUAGAGCACAUUGCACAUCCAGUACAAUAGAAACUCAAUGAUAGCAUUAAAAUAGUAGCUCUCUCCAACUUCUGUGCCUUAAAAACAUAGCAACAAUAAUUGCCUAUGUGAUGGGCAUAGUAUGUUUUAAUACUAAGUAUCAUUUUAAUGAAUUUUUAUAUUAGUUUGCAACUUUUCCUCAGUAUUGUUUUGCGUAUGGAAUCCAUUUUUACAUCUCUGGGUACAAAUAUGAUGGGACGGUGAGAGCAAAAUGGAAUAGAGUCACACUUUUUGUAUGAUUAGUAAAUAGAAGGAUAUACUGAAAAAACUAUGUCUGAUCCUUUAAGACUUCUCUUUCUUGUUCAGGUGAAGUAUAUCUGCUCUGCCAUGGGCUGCCGUCGCUGGGAUGAAGACGAGAUGGAACAGGAAGAUAUUCUUCUUUUACAUCGAACUCAGAAAACUGUUCGUGCUGUUGGGCCCCGCAGCGGCAAUGAGAAGUACGGACACGCAUAGUAUAUGAGAUUUGUAAAUAAUUUCUGCAGCAGAAGGUGCAUUGUCAGAUUGUUGCCCUUUGAAGAGUUCAUGUUCUUUCUUACUCCAACAAUUUAGUAGGAAUCUGACACGUCUAGUUUUUAUGAAGAUGCUUGAAUCUGCUCUCUCUUUCCUUUACCCAGAAGACAUUGAAUUCUGAUAGAUUUUACAAUUUUCACAACAACUAGGAAAAGGUUUGCCCAGUGCCCUGAUGUUUUUUGCAGAUACCAGGCUGGGAGGAACUGGAGGGAUAUUCUGCCUACAUUGAUGCGCUAAGACAGGGGUGGGGAACUAAAUAUUGAUGAUGAUGUCAGGUGAAUGACAUUUUACAAAUUUCAAAGGGGGUUGCUGUAACUGUAUUCACAUUAUAGCAACCUCCUUUGAAGACGCAGAGAAGCUGUUUGUUUUCAAACGUGCUUUGGCCUUGGGCUUGCCGAUUGGAAGGUCGGUGGUUCGAAUCCCCAUAACGGGGUGAGCUCCCAUUGCUUGGUCCCAGCUCCUGCCAACCUAGCAGUUCGAAAGCACGUCAAAGUGCAAGUAGAUAAAUAGGUACCGCUCCGGCGGGAAGGGAAACGGCGUUUCCGUGUGCUUCUCUGGUUUUGCCAGUAGCGGCUUAGUCCUGCUGGCCACAUGACCCGGAAAAACUGUCUGCGGACAAACGCCGGCUCCCUCGGCCAGUAAAGCGAGAUGAGCACUGCAACCCCACAGUCGCAUGCAACUGGACUUAACUGUCGGGGGUCCUUUACCUUUACCUUUGGCGCAAAAGUACUGCUUUCCCCUUCCUUUAUCAACCACCCAGUCUGUGGAUAAGAUUUGUGUGAAGUCAAAAGCUUGUGUACUAUGUUAGAAGAUAACAUGCUUUAUUACUACAGUGCAAAAUAGGCUUACAUUACUUUAGAAAUACCAUGUUGUCUCCUUUUACAUAUUAUAAAAACUGGAUUGAUUUGCAGUCACGGUUGUCAUCUUCUCUUUUUUUAACUUAAAGGUGGAAUUUUAGUGUUGGUCACUUUGAACUGCGCUAUGUUCCAGACACUGAAAAAAGAAUGGGAUUUCUUGAAGGCAAUUUAAAACCAAAUCUAAACAAAGAAGAUUCUAAAAUAAUUUCAGAUGUGGAAGAGCAGGAGGCUGUAAUGAAGGAUACAGUGAUAAAGGUCUCAGUAGCCGACUGGAAGGUGAUGGCAUUUAAUAAGCAGGGAGGACAUCUGGAAUGGGAAUACCAGGUACUAAAGAUGGUAACAUUUUGACGCUUUCUAGAAAUAUUACAGCAUUGCCAAAAAUACCUUGCAUCUUUCUGGAAUUUGAGGCUUGUUUUUUAAUGUUUUGCUUUUGUAAUAUGUUCACUUUUUGAGUUCAUGAAAAGCUGUGCUCUUAAAAGAUUUGGUAUUACAGAGAAAAUGCAUUGAACUGAUUUUCAAAUAUUCAUACUUUAUCUGCAGUUUUGCACACCUGUUGCUUCUGCCUGGCUGGUUAAGGAUGGCAAGGUAAUUCCAAUUAGCCUCUUUGAUGACACGAGCUACACCUCCAAUAGUGAUGUCUUAGAAGAUGAAGAAGACAUAGUGGAAGCUGCAAGAGGAGCUACAGAGUCCAGUGUCUAUUUAGGUACAGCACCAACUUUCAACACAAGACAUAAUCUUUGCGUUGUCCAAACCCUUAGUAGACAGAUUCUUGGUUUUUCUUUUCGUUUUAGGUGGGUAUAAUUAAUUUAAGCGUUUCAGCAAAAGCCAAAGAACAACAUGGUAGAAAUCCAAAGUAUUGUGUGUUUUGCUUUGGCAGUGGAAUAUUUGUUGCAUCAGUGCAUUGUUCUUGACACAAAAGCCAUGCAUCAAUAUGAACUGUGCAUUUUCAUCCUGAUCCUGUGCAUGUUUACUCAGAAGUAAAUUCUGUUUAAUUCAGUGGGAUCUCAUUUCUAGUAAGUGUUGGGGGUUAAGUACAACCUUAGCUUAUUAUUGCAGCUGGAGUUACUAAGCAAUGUAAAGUACUGUCCCAUUAUAUGCACAAAUAGUAUGAUUUUAACUAAACCCACAAAUAGAGAGUAGUUCGAUUAGAGUAGGCCUUUUCUCUGUUGUCGGUGAAUUGCUGAUAAGACUUAAUGUUUGCCAUAGACAUGACGUCUUAUAAAGUAUCUGUCCUUCACUCGCUCUUUUUUUUCAGAGUUUCCCCUACUCCUACAGUGGGUGGCUUUCAUUCUUUCUAGUGAAUUGAAAUUCAGAAAUAUUUGUCUGUGCUUCCAACCUUCCACUACUAUGUGCACAUUCCUGAAAAUUAAUAAAUGAGACUGCUAGAUUUUGUUGUAACUAACUUCUUGACCAUCUGUCAAAAUUCAUUUGGCCUUGGGCUGAAGCAUGCAAUAUUGCAGUAGUGUUUACUUGUACUUUAAAGUUUUUAUCUCUGGCUUUUCUUAUAAAUAAUGAACCAAUCCUCAGAGCUCAUGAGUCAUGAAGUUGUGAGCUCACCGAUUGUCCUUCUUUGGAAGAGGAUGACAUCCUGGAUAGGGUGGCUCCUUCCAAUUGGAUUUUUGGGGGAUUUAACAACUAAGGCAAGUGGAGUCUCCAGUGGUUGCUUCAGUUUUAUACUUCUGCAGAUUUUCUUGCUUAAAAGCUGCAUAGAGCAAGAAUGUUAAAUAGCUGCUAGGUUAUGAAAAUGAUUCCAUUUCUUAAUUCGUUUCUUGUACAUGUUUCGUAUUCUUAGGUGCCGUAUUUUUCCGUGUAUAAGACUAGGUCCCCCCCCCCUGAAAAAUAAUGUUAAUAAUUAGGGGGCGUCUUAUACUCUGGACCAUCUCCCCCUCUUUUCUUAAAUUUGAGUCCCACAAAAUAGGGGGUAUCUUAUACAUGGGGGUGUCUUAUAGACGGAAAAAUAUGGUAGGUAGAUGUAAUAAUAUCAUCUUACAAUGUAGGCAGUGCAUCUUUUGCAUUGCUAUAGAAUUCACGCAUUUGUAUUCUCUUCCCCUCUAUUCUUAAAGGUGCACACAAGUAAAAUGAUGAUCCCUGAGAUAAAUAAUGAUCUGUGGUUUAUUAUGCAGGAAUGUACAAAGGCCAGCUGUACCUUCAGUCAUCAGUCAGAAUUUCUGAUAAGUUCCCAACCAACCCUAAAGCUUUGGAGUCCAGAAAUGAUAAUGCUGUUAUCCCUUUGCCUGUAAUCAAGUGGAAACCAUUGAUUCGUAAGUGAUGUUCCUUAGCUUUUUUUCAGAUUGAAAGUUGAUAGGCCAUAAAAUUGAUAGAGAGUUUUAUUACUGUUUUCGAAAGUACCGUAUUUUUUGCUCUAUAAGACUCACUUUUUCCCUCCUAAAAAGUAAGGGGAAAUGUGUGUGCGUCUUAUGGAGCGAAUGGAGGCUGCGCAGCUAUCCCAGAAGCCAGAACAGCAAGAGGGAUUGCUGCUUUCGCUGCGCAGCGAUCCCUCUUGCUGUUCUGGCUUCUGAGAUUCGGAAUAUUUUUUUUCUUGUUUUCCUCCUCCAAAAACUAGGUGUGUCUUGUGGUCUGGUGCGUCUUAUGGAGCGAAAAAUACGGUAUAUCUUGAAUAUAGUUGACACGAGAUGUCUGAUUACUGAUGGUGGGGUGUCACGAAACUGCACUCCGAGUGGAUUCAAGUGUUUCGUUGAAACUAAUUCAAAGCUUUACAUCAAGUGUGGGAACCUUUGGCCCUCCAGACAUUGCUCUACUACAACAAUUCCCAUCAGCCCCAGCAAGCUUGGCCAAUGGCCAAGAAUGAUGGGAGUUGUAGUCCAGUAACAUCUAGAGGUUCACAUGCUACCCACACUUGCUUUACAUAGAAGCUACAUUUGCCAGAAUACUUGUAAAUAUUGUAAAACAUGACACAGCAUGGCAUAUUAUUUUCUAACCUUGUUUACAUUUUGAGUGGUGGGAGGGAAUGAAAGCACUGAAAAAGUGCUGGGAAUUUUAACAUGCCUGCAAAGCUGUGCUUUGCAUUUAUUUAUUUGUUAAUUCAUUCUAAGGAUAGCCAUCUGAAAAAAGUUAAUUGCAACUUUAAUUUCUUAUAUUAGACUGUAUACUGAUCAUUCCACAGAGCCAACUUAGCUGGCAUUACAUUUAUUCAUUAGGUUACUAAUUUCAGUACAUAAGGCAUUUCUAAAAAUGGAGGAUUUUCCACAGAAAAACUAUCACUGCUUAUUGAGUUUUCUAGCUGAGGCGUUUUAACAAUUGUCAGGUGUACAUUUUUCCCAGCAAUAGAAAAGCUUGAAAUUAUAGAACAGGGGUAAGGAACCUCUGCCAGGUGAUCCAGAUUUGGCCUGCAAGGCAAUUCCCUCCCCCCCAAAAGCCCCCAACUACACCCACCAGUCGAUCUGUCAGCUGACUGGUGAGGUUCAGUCCUGCUUGGUGCUGCUUUACUAGUAAUUUCCCAGCGGGGAAUGUGCUAGCAAAGCUGGCUCUCUCUCUCCACCGUCAGGUCAACUUUCUAGGGUGGGCAGUUGUCAGUUACCUGUCCCACUUGUCAGUUACCUGUCAUCAUGAUGCUACCUGUCUAAGUUGGUCCUCAUUGUGGAGGAAGAUGAAGAUCUGGCCCACCAGGCCAAAAAGGUUCCUCACCCCCCUGCUCUGGAUGAUGGUAGCCAUUUCUAGAAGCACUAUUUAGGAUUUCUGAAAGGUUUUAUGCAUGCAGGAAUGCUCAUUCAAAUGUAAUGUGUGAAACAGACUCACUCUGAAAAUUAUGCGUUGUUUCUAGAUUCUCCUUCUAGAACUCCUGUGCUGGUGGGAUCAGAUGAGUUUGACAAAUGUCUCAGCAAUGACAAGUUUUCUCAUGAAGAAUACAGUAAUGGUGCCCUUUCCGUCCUGCAGUAUCCCUAUGGUGUGUGUGAGCUAUGCUUUGUUUUCAUCCAUGGUUUUGAUAAGUGAAACCCCUAGCUCCUUUUUAUACUUACAGUAACAAAACCUAGUUGAAAUAAAUCAUAGUAUCUGUGGAACCCUAAUUGUUAGCCUCUAAAUAAAUUGAGAUGGCUGUCUUCUGAAUAUCGUGGUACCUCGGGUUACAUACGCUUCAGGUUACAGAUGCUUCAGGUUACAGACUCCACUAACUCAGAAAUAGUACCUUGGGUUAAGAACUUUGCUUCAGGAUGAGAACAGAAAUUGCACAGCAGCGGCGCAGCAGCAGCGGGAGGCCCCAUUAGCUAAAGUGGUGCUUCAGGUUAAAAACAGUUUCAGGUUAAGAAUGGACCUCCAGAACGAAUUAAGUUCUUAAUCCGAGAUACCACUGUACUGGAAGGGUUUGUCAGCCCUAUAGAGAACCUCAGCCCAAGGAAGCUUUCUGCAUCGUUCUUGAAGAGCAGCCUCCAUGCUGCAUUGCAAAACCCAUCUCAAAAGGAAGGAGAGCCAUGAGGAAAAUCCAUAGGUUCAAUCCCUGGUAUCUCCAGUUAGGGCCGGGAGAGACCUGAAAUCCUGGAAAGCCGCUGCCAUUUAGCAUAGACCAAGUGUGGGGAACCGUUAGCCCUCCAGAUGUUUCAGAACUACAAUUCGCAUCAUGCUAGCUGGUUGUAGCUCAGAAACAUACAGAGGGCCAAAGAUUCCCCACACUUGCUGUAGACUGUACUGAACCAAAAGGACCAAUGGUUUGACUUGGUAGCUUUCUAUGAGAUUUCAAAAAUCUUCUAGUAUGGUAUAGAGCAGGGGUGGCCAACUCUCAAGAGACUGCAAUCUACUUUCAGAAUUAAAAACUGGCAGUGAUCUACCCCCUUUUUUGGGGGGUUCAGCUCAAAGUUGUGGAGCUUUUUUUAGGGAGGAGGAAAGCCCCAUUUUUAAAAGGGGUUUAAAAAGCUUUUUUGUGGGGGGAGUUCUCUUUUGGGGGGGUUAAAGGCAAGGGGCAAAGUCACUCGCAAAAACAUCGUUAUGGAUCAGAACAGCAGCACUGAGAAAGCUAUUCUCUUCCCUUACAGAGAUCAUACAACAAUGGAGGGCAGGGCAAGGGGGCGUGACAGGAGUCAGUUUUAGCAACGCUAAGGAAAGGGAGCCAGAGAUCGACCGCGAUCUACCAAAACCCCACGGGGAUCUACCAGUAGAUCGCGAUCGACUUCUUGAACAUCCCUGGUAUAGAGAGUCACUGUUCAAAGGACAAAAUAUCAAAAUUCUCACUGGAUUUGCCUAAAGUUGGACAUAAUCUUUAGAUUCUAGCCAGUGUCUUUGGCCACUACAUGGGGUGUUCACUGGUCAACAACAUUUGAAAGGGGAAAUUUUAUUUAUUGAAAGAUUAGUACUACCUGGUGGUUUGUAGAUUUACGAAAACAUUCUUAUACCCUUUGUUCACUUUUUUUUAAAUAUAGAUAAUGGUUAUUUUUUGCCCUACUACACUCGAGAGAGGCACAGACGAAGCACCCAGAUCACUGUGAGAUUUGCUGACAUGAACUAUCCACAAAACAUCCGCAAAAAAGAUCCAGUUCUACUUCUGCACUGGUGGAAAGAAAUCAUUAGCACCAUCAUAUUAUGCAUUGUGGCCACAACUUUUAUUGUGCGUAGACUUUUCCACCCGCAUGUUCGCAAUCGAGUAAGUAGAGUGAAUCGAUUCUUGAAGUGUAACUGCACGUUUUCCCUUUUGAGGCUUUUCAUGUUUUAGAUUGCAUUUAUUCAAGUAAUGAAAUGCAGCGCUUAUGAACUUAAUACGAGCUUGCUUUGGUUUCACAUAAAUCAGUAGGUUGUCAUAAGAACUGACUACUAGAUUGUCUCAGGCACUUGUCCUGAUCGUUACUUUUAAUAGAAAUUUAUACAACCAGGUAGUUACAUCCAGAGCAAGAACUUCCCUUUGAAGCUGUGCUUUGAAGCUUCCACAUUGCAGUUGCAAUGGUCAUGUUUUCGCAGUUCUAGAUGUAGUGAACUCUUUACCUUCCUCUUUUCUAAUUAUCUGACAAUCGGUUGUACAGCAUCUAGAGAUUGAGGCAGUUUAUAAAUGAUAUAAUGUUAUUCCAGGUGUCAAGCACGUGGCAAUUGCCAUGUGCAGUUACAAUUUACCCGAGAUUGUGAAUGAUGACACCACUCCCUCGGUGCCUAUCCCAUCUUGCAGCUUAGUUACUUUUAAUUAUUUAAAGGUUUUCAAGGCUUCAACAAGCCUCUGCUGUGUCACUGCAGAGUGGAAAAGCUCAUCUACUAUUAGAAGGGUGUGGGAAAAUGUUGUUAGCAAACUAUUGCUUUGUCCUCAAAGCAACUCCCUGCCAUGUCAUGCAGGAAGUUACUGUUACCUAAAACAACCUCCAAAUGUUAGCUUAUGAAAAUCAUGUCCCUUCUCUCUCCCCUCCCCCAAUUUUUGUGUGUGGUGACCAGGAUGUAGCACUACCUUUUUAAAUUUUGUUCUUCCAUCCUUGUCAAUAAAGUUAGUAUUGAGCUGCCUCAGUUAUAAACAAUCUGUUCCUAUCUCAGCAGCGGAAGGAGUCUGAAACUCAGUGUCAGACGGACAGUAAAUAUGAACCUGCAGUUGGACAGGCUAAAGAUAACAGCUGGGGAGACUUUCAGAACUCGGGAUAUGUGUCAAGGUAAAAGCAAUUACUUUUCUCUCCCUCUCUUCUGUGCACCAUUUGGAAUGUAAUGGACUUGCAUUCUUUCUGAGUCCCUCUUUCCAAAAGCAAUUCUCCUUCUCUGUAAAACUCAACCAGCCAUCCCUCAAACUCGGGGGAGCUUUGAAAGCAGCCUCCUACAUAGCACAAGGUACAGUUUUUAAGAGGAAAUAAAUAGAAAGUGUAUGUUGUGGCGCUGUGGGUUAAACCACAGAGCCUAGGACUUGCUAAUCAGAAGGUCGGCGGUUCGAAUCCCUGCGACAGGGUGAGCUCCCGUUGCUCGGUCCCUGCUCCUGCCAACCUAGCAGUUUGAAAGCACGUCAAAGUGCAAGUAGAUAAAUAGGUACCGCUCCAGUGGGAAGGUAAAUGGCGUUUCCGUGCACUGCUCUGGUUCGCCAGAAGUGGCUUGGUCAUGCUGGCCACAUGACUCGGAAGCUGUCUGCGGACAAACGCCGGCUCCCUCGGCCAGUAAAGCGAGAUGAGCACUGCAACCCCAGAGUCAGUCACAACUGGACCUAAUGGUCAGGGGUCCCUUUACCUUAUGUUGUAUGCCUCUUGUUGUUGUGGCUCUGAAACACGGGGUGGGUGCUGUUGGAGGCUUACUUACUUAAAAGAUGCCCUUUGCGUGGAAAGGAUUUCCUUAAAUAAAUAAAUAAAAUGCUCUAGUUACCAGAAGAUGUUACAUUAGAGUACAGUGUGGUAGGUUUUAGCUCAGUGAUAAGAGCAUCGGUGUGCAGAAGGCCCCAGAUUCAAUCCCUGGUAUCUCCAGUUAGGGCUGGGGAGGACUCCUGUAUGAAACCCUGGAGAGGUGCUCCGAGUCAUUGUCAACAGGUAAAGGACCCCUGGACGGUUAAGUCCUGUCAAAUGUGACUAUGGGGUGCGGCGCUCAUCUCGCUUCAACAAUACCCAGCUGGACAUAGUAAUGAGCUGAUACGGUGUAAGGAAUCUUCCUAUGUUUUAAGAGGAAUAUUUGGCUGAAUGUACUUAAACCACUUUUGUGUGCAAAAGUAAACCAAAAUACGUCUCUAGUACAGUGGUACCUCUACUUACGGACGCGAUCCGUUCCGGGGUGCCGUUUUCACCCCAAAAAGUCUGUGAGUAGAGCGGCGCUUAUGCACGUGACAUGAUAGAGCGCUCCUGCGCAUGCACGAAGUGGCAAACCCAUAAGUAAACACUUCUGGGUUUGCCGCGUUCAUAACCUGAAAAAACGCAACGUGAAGCAAACACAACUCGACGUAUGACAGUAUUUUAGAUGAACUGCUAAUCAUCAUCAUCAUAAUCAGAUCUUAAUCACAAGCAUUUUCCUUUCUUUCUUUUGCAGAUAUCUAACCGACUUUGAGCCAAUUCAGUGUCUAGGUCGUGGAGGAUUUGGAGUAGUGUUUGAAGCCAGAAAUAAAGUGGAUGACUGCAACUACGCUAUUAAAAGAAUUCGUCUUCCAAAUAGGUGAGUAAAUGUCUUUUAUUUUCUGGCUUCCUUUACGUGAUGCAUCUCUAGGUGGCACUGUGGUCCACAUGUCAGUCCUACUUGGUCUCAUCCUAGGACAUGUCUGGCACAUCAAAAGAGUUCCUGGGGCAUUGUUGAACAUUUCUUAGGUACUUUUUCUCAUCCCAACAAAGCAGGAAAAAAACUGUGUUAGUAAUAAGUUGCUGCACUGUUGUUUACAAAGUGUACCUGUGGUGUGGUGUCUACACACCAGAGCAUGAGACUCGAAGCAGAAGUUUGUCUUUUAUAAAUUAAAAUAACCACAACAGUUAAAAGUUGUCCCAGUUCAUCCCCCACAUAGAACUGACUUCUUUAUUUUACAUCAUGGGUAGGCAAACUAAGUCCCAGGGGCUGGAUCUGGCCCAAUCGCCUUCUAAAUCCGGCCCGCGGACGGUCCAGGAACCAGCGUGUUUUUACAUGAGUAGAAUGUGUGCUUUUAUUUAAAAUGCUUCUCUGGGUUAUUUGUGGGGCGUAGGAAUUUGUUCAUCCCCCCCCCUCAAAAAAUAUAUAUUCCAGCCCCCCACAAGGUCUGAGGGACAGUGGACCGGCCCCCUGCUGAAAAAGUUUGCUGACCCCUGUUUUACAUUAUGACUCUUUCAAUUUUAGGGAAUUGGCUCGUGAGAAGGUGAUGCGUGAAGUAAAAGCAUUAGCAAAACUUGAACAUCCUUGUAUUGUUCGCUAUUUCAAUGCAUGGCUGGAAGCGCCGCCUGAAAGCUGGCAGGAAAGAAUGGACAAACUGUGGCUAAAAGACGAAAGGUAUCACUUUCAUUUCCUGGAAAGUCUCGGGAAAGUAUUAUACUUCCCUGGAAAGUAUUGUACUCCAACUGCAAGAAAUGAGAAAGCUCUAUAUUUCUGCACUGUAACUUCCAGUUUGUAUAAAAAUUGUCUAUUCUAUGAGUCCUUGUUUAGCUGUUCCUAUCUUCUACCGGAUUUGUUUCGCACUAGCUUUUAAAAUAUAACAUGCAUGUACUUGGACAGCCUCUCGGCUGGCUCAUCUUACUGCUUUGUUUCAAAACUUUUUCUUUAUGGGCUUUAUGCAAGUACACAUACAGGACCUGCAUCUGCACAGGAAACAGGACAUGGUCUCAGGCAAAUGAUGCAGCCACCCUAUAGAAGCUAAGCAGGCUUAGGCCUGGCUAGUGCCUGGGUGGGAGAUUUACCUGAGAACCUCCACUUUGAAAUCCAUGAUGGAAGAAAAGUGAGAUGUUAAUACAAUAACCAGAGACUUAUAGAGCUUUAAAAGGUGGGAGAAAGCACACUCCCUCCCUUUAAGAGAAGUUUCAGAGGAGCAUCAUGGAGAAUUUACUCUUGAGCUUUUAUGGGCUUUCCCCCCUGUAGUUAUUUCUUAGGCCUUCAGUAGCCAUGAGAACUGCCUGGCCUUGCAUGUACUAUGACCCCUUUUAAAACUCUCAUUGCUGUGGGAUGAAGGUCCCCAGUCCCCAGGAACAACAAGCCUUUCUUCUUGGGAGAGGAGCAGAGGGUGGUAUUGUGCAUUUUCUGCCUCAGGUUUACUAAGCAGGCUUGAUUAAAUAGUUCUCUGCACUUUGUCGCUUUGUGGGAAUGGGCUUUAAAAACCUGUAAUGGCUUUUGGACAGAGAUUGUCUCCUGACCCUGAUGCUGGCAUUUCUGCUUUCUGAGGUUUGAGGCCUUCGAGUUCUGAGACUUCUUUAGUACAACCUUCAGCGCAGCCUGGAUUCUCAAAUGGGAUUCUAUCGGCAUCAUUGACCCUUGUGUGGCGAUCGCACAGGGUCCCCGGACGUUUCACCGUCUAUUGAUCCCUGUGCCACCACUUUAUUUCUCGCUGCCACCACCCAAGCCCUACCUGGUACAAUACUGAGUCCAGUCAGGGUUUAAAUUGGAACAUAAACUUCUGUUUAUUUAUUGCAGUUUAACAAGCGUGUGGUUUCAUAAACGGUAUCGGUCAAUUACAUUCAUGGGGUGCCUAUCCAGACCUAUAACUUCCACUACCUGCUCUCACUCAGUAAACCACCUCUCAGAUAUUUACUUGUCUUCCUAGCCCCUAACUGUUCCUGACUCAGUUUAUUUCGCUACACUAACUCAACCUACUCACAAACUCUAUCCCAAUUCACUCCCACUCCAACCAACCACCCAACUCCCAAUGAACUCCUCAACAAACUCCUCCCUUUGCCCCUCCCAGAGCUGGUUUUAUAGUCCCUCUGAUGCCACCCCCUGGGUCCUGAUUGGGUAACCUGUUUAACUGUUUCACCUCCAGCACGCUCAUAUGUUAACAUCGCAUUACCCUGGCAUGACCCAAUCUGCUGGCUUUUGGACAGGGUUUGUCUCCUGACCCUGAUGCUGGCAUUUCUGCUUUCUGAGGUUUGAGGCCUUCGAGUUCUGAGACUUCUUUAGUACAACUUUCAGCACAGCCUGGAUUCUCAAAUGGGAUUCUAUCGGCAUCAUUGACCCUUGUAAGCUCCGUGCACUGCUUGGGCUUGAAGGAAUAUUGUAAAAACUAUGUAGUCAAAGCCUAGGGGCUUAGCUGUGACCUAAACAACUGACAGUGGCUUGGACACUGACUCAGAGGGAGAGGGGCAAGCUGAGUCAGUUGCACAACCCACUUACGCACUAUCUGAGCCUGAGUGCAGAUGGAAUGACAAGAAGAACAUUGAAUGAAUGUCAAGUGAAGUGAUGAUUAAUAAAGAGAAAACAGGAAAAAUAUUUAAGACAUGCCUGCAAUGGGCACCAUGCCUCUGAAUGUGGGAGAAUACACCCCUUCAUGCACGAUGAGCAUUUUUGGCUUCUGUGCUUACUGGGACAUGGGGUCCAAGUAUCUCAAAGUGCCCCAAAGCUACCGAGUGGCAUCAUCUGCACAUAACAAGUAGUAUAAAAACAAUGCUAGUAUCUUUGGCCCACCAAAACAUUGCAUGUCAACUCAUGGUGCUCAUUUGCACCUGGGCUGCUACUUCUUUGUGCAGUAGAAGCUUUCAGCCCCUAUUUAACCUUGGGGUAUGGUACUUUUGAAGGGAUGCGGCUGAUGCUGUGGGUUAAACCACAGAGCCCGGGGCUUGCUGAUCAGAAGGGCGGCAGUUCGAAUCCCCGCGAUGGGGUGAGCUCCCGUUGCUCGGUCCCUGCUCCUGCCAACCUAGCAGUUUGAAAGCACCCCCGGGUGCAAGUAGAUAAAUAGGUACCGCUCUGGCGGGAAGGUAAACGGCGUUUCCGUGCGCUGCUCUGGUUUGCCAGAAGGGGCUUAGUCAUGCUGGCCACAUGACCUGGAAGCUGUACGCCGGCUCCCUCGGCCAAUAAAGCGAGAUGAGCGCCGUAACCCCAUAGUUGUCUGCGACUGGACCUAACGGUCAGGGGUCCCUUUACAUCUAUGGUACUUUUGAACUUGUGGAAGCUAGGUACUCAGAAACCAUAUAUGGCUGCACAGGAUGCAUUGCCUUUAGUUGUCCCCGUUGAUUUUGUAACAUGCCCUGGAUCUGGCUAGCUCCUCCCUGCCUCUUCACUUUUCUGCUUAUCAGCCUAUUGUUGUUCAGUUGAUUACUACUCAGUGUGGUUUCAUCCCUUAUAAGUAUCUUCUGAAAUUAUUUUGUAACUCCCAUUAGCCUGCCUAUGUGUCCAUCCCUUUAGGGAGCUUGGACUUAACUUACAGCUGCCUGUUUUAGCCUCUGGUUACCUGUGAACUGCAGUUAUGUCUUACAAAACUGCUUUUUUUGGUUGUUAUCAUUUUGGCAGAAUGUUGCAGGCUCUUUGCUCAAGUGCAACUAGUCAUCACUUUUUGAAUCGGUCCUUCUCUGACUCUAAGAAUGAUGUGGAGUGGACAUUCCACAUUUUGGACAUUCAAACAUUUGGCAAGACAGCACCCUUUUGGUCCAUUCUAUAGGCAUGUGUUUGGAAUGGUCGUCCCUGUAGUGUUUUCAGCUGAUUAGUAUUCACUCACCACCAGUAAGCCAGCCAGCUACUCUGCCAUAUGCGUGCCUGUAAGAAACUUCAAACAAGGCAAGGCAGGUUGCUUACUUGUAAGGAAGAUUCUUUGACUGCCUUCUGUUCAGUUACUCCUUCCCCCUGCAGGCUCUCUUUUCAGUUGGUCUUCACACUCCAGAAGUGGGUACUCAGGAAUGGGAAGGCUCUCACUUGCCCAUCAAGGCACAGGCGUAAUGUAGGGAACUUCUUUCUCCAGGGAAGGGGUAACAGUCUCCCACCAUUUUUAGCUUUAGAAGUUUCCAAGAUGCUGCUCUGUGGAGCUGCAGUUUCUGUAUGUGUACCUUUGCAGAAGGCCACUUGAAGAAUGUGUGUUACAGGUAAGUAACCUGCACUUAUUUCCAAUAGAAGGUGACUACGGCACACUGUAGACUUAGAAAUGGCUUAUAAGCAAUUGACUUACAGGGGAACCUAGAACAGAUUGAAGGUUAGGGAUAAGCAAACAUGGGCUAUCUCAAAUUUGUUUUUGCAUAAAGUAAGUUACAUUUUUGAUUAUAUUGCUUUUUAAAGAAUUACCUGCCCUAGAUUCUUUAAUAGGGGGAGAUUAGAAAAGGGGUGAGGAUGUAACCUGAUGCUGUGUCCUGUCCAAUCAGUGAUGUGGUUUUCUGGAACAUUUGGUGGUAGGAGUGCCACCUCACAGGGAAGUAUCAAAAAGGUUCAGGGGGACAUUCCUUGUUAUACUGUCCAUAGGUUAAAAAAAAGGUAAAACACUGAUGGUUGAAAAAAUAAUGGUGAAAAAAUAUUUGAUGGUGGUUCCCAGUAGCUGGUGGCAGUUUUUUUUAUGUUAGUUUAACUUGUUUAUACUUCUACAGUAUUUUGAGAAAGAAAAUCCAAAGCUAUGCUGAUACUGUUCUUUAGGUAAUGCAUUUUUAAAUGACCAAAAGUUUUGUAAUGUUCUGUUCUCCUUUUUUUUUAAUUAAGUACUGAUUGGCCACUCAGUUCUCCCAGCCCAAUGGAAGUGCCAUCAUUUAAAAUUAGAACUGAGCCAUUCUCUGCAAAGGAACACAUUGAAGUUAUUGCUACAUCUGUAGAAAGGAAGACCUUGCUUUCUGUUGGGAUACCUUGUGGCCAAUCGGAUUCAUCAGAGAGCCAGUUCUACCCUUUGGAAUUCUCUGCCAUUGAUAACGGAGACUUGAGCCAGUUGGCAGAUCCUGUGUCAAACAUGCAAGACAGCUUCCUUGCCGACUGUGAUAUGGAGGGUAGUACUGUUGAUGAAAAUGAUCCUGGAAACUCCUUUGAACUUUGUCUUCCAGCCAUGCCAGCAGUGAGAGUGAGGGAGAGGACCUCUUCGUCUAUUGUCUUUGAAGACUCCGGUUGUGAUAAUACUUCUAGUAAAGAAAGUAACACGGACGGCUCACUUGACAAUAGCCACUGUGAGGAUAAAGCAACAAGCACAAAAGGAUCCAGUAACAGGAAGUCCUCUUCAACAAGUCCUUUGUCUGUUUCUCCGCCAAGACCAACGACCUUAAGUCUAGACUUCUCUAAGAACUCUGCACAAAAAGCCAUGCCUACCACUCCAAAAGUGUACCUUUACAUUCAGAUGCAGCUCUGUAGGAAAGAAAACCUCAAAGACUGGAUGAACAGAAGAUGUACGAUAGAGGAGAGAGACAGGACAGAUUGCCUGCUGAUCUUUCUACAGAUAGCAGAAGCUGUUCAGUUUCUGCAUGGGAAAGGGUUAAUGCAUCGGGACCUCAAGGUUUGUACCGGAAAACAACACCGUUGACUAUAAACUUUCAGUUCCUUAGCACAAGCUGGUUAGGAGUCUGCAUGUGCAUGCUUGGGAACCCCAUGAAUUGUGUUCAUUGCUCUUUGCCCUUUAAAGGUAAAGGUACCCCUGCCGGUACGGGCCAGUCUUGACAGACUCUAGGGUUGUGCGCUCAUCUCACUCUAGAGACCGGGAGCCAGCGCUGUCCGAAGACACUUCCGGGUCACGUGGCCAGCGUGACGAAGCUGCUCUGGCGAGCCAGCGCAGCACACAGAAACGCCGUUUACCUUCCCGCUAGUAAGCGGUCCCUAUUUAUCUACUUGCACCCGGGGGUGCUUUCGAACUGCUAGGUUGGCAGGCGCUGGGACCGAGCAACGGGAGCGCACCCCGCCGCGGGGAUUUGAACCGCCGACCAUGCGAUCGGCAAGUCCUAGUCGCUGAAGUUUUACCCACAGCGCCACCCUUUGCCCUUUAGCAGAGUAUCAAAUGAGGGAUUAGUGUGGCUGACCCAGAGUCCAAACUGGGAACUGUAGCACAAUGCUCCCACAGUAGUUGCUACAUCUUCCAUGUGCAACUUCACUCUGUUUGAUUUAAGAUACAGUGGUACCUCGGGUUACAUACACUUCAGGUUACAGACAUUUCAGGUUACAGACUCUGCUAACCCAGAAAUAGUGCUUCAGGUUAAGAACUUUGCUUCAGGAUGAGAACAGAAAUUGUGCUCCAGCAGUGCGGCAGCAGCGGGAGACCCCAUUAGCUAAAGUGGUGCUUCAGGUUAAGAACAGUUUCAGAUUAAGAACGGACCUCUGGAACGAAUUAAGUACUUAACCCGAGGUACCACUAUACAGAUUUUCAAGGAACUGCUGUUCUGACCUGACCUUAAGAAACCAUUGUUCUCUUUGAAAUGUACUUGAUAGGAUCUGAAGCAGUUGGUUACAUCAAUUCAGAUUUCUUUCUCCAUAUGAUUAUUUCUUCUUGUGCAUUCUACCUGUGUCAGAGCAUCCUUCCUGUUCAUUAGUUGUAGAUGUGUGUUACACAUGCAGCUUAAGCUUUCACUUGUUCCCCUUUGUAUAUCUUCGCAUGUCCCUUCAUCCUCUAUCAUGUCUAUAAACUGAAAAGAAUCUGAGGAGUAUUUUCGAGGCAGUCUGAUUUAAGAGGGAGCUUAGUCAAAUUCAAAGUCGACCCAUUCAAUGCAUGCCUUACUUGGUGGGCCUUCACUGAGUAGAACUAAGUUGACUACAAUCCCAAAACUUGUAAUACCAGGUUCCCCAUUUUAUUGGGCACUAGAGUAUUUGUUUCUGGCUUAUGCACUUAAGUAAAGGACCCCUGACCAUUAGGUCCAGAUGUGGCCGACUCUGCGGUUGCAGCGCUCAUCUUGCUUUACUGGCCGAGGGAGCCGGUGUACAGCUUCCAGGUCAUGUGGCCAGCAUGACUAAGCCGCUUCUGGUGAACCAGAGCAGCGCACGGAAACGCCGUUUACCUUCCCACCAGAGCGGUACCUAUUUAUCUACUUGCACUUUGACGUGCUUUUGAACUGAUAGGUUGGCAGGAGCAGGGACCGAGCAAUGGGAGCUCACCCCAUCGCGGGGAUUUGAACCGCCGACCUUCUGAUCAGCAAGUCCUAGGCUCUGUGGUUUAACCCACAGCGCUAAGGCCUUAAUCUAGUACUUGGGAAAAAUAUUAAGAAUGUGUAAGGGUGAUGAUGAAUACACCAUGUCCUUGGUUUCUGUCCAUUGGUCAUGUACCACUUUCAGUGCAGCAGAGGCCAUUCAGGCGUCAGAUGGUCCCUUGUGGCCAAGAAGCAAACCAAGGCAAAACACUUCUACUAAAAACACUGCAGCUUAAGUGGGAGCAGCGGCAAUCAUCUUCAGUUGAGAGCAUUGUUGAUUCCUUUGGUUUCUGCAACCUUUCCAGUUGCCUUCAAGGAUCAUUGCCCUCCACUGAAGAGAAGGCUAUGCAGUCUCAAAGGGAUCAGCAAUGGCUUUGGCAACUCGGAUAACUUUUCCCCUGAUCUCCCCCAUGCUGCCCCCAGCUGCAGUGAACCACCUUGGGGGUUGACAUAAGGCAGAAAGGUGGCGGAUGUGCUCUCAAAAGAGGGGGAAAGUUCCUUCAAGGACUUGGUUGCACUUCUGUGAGCUGUAGCGCAGGUACAAUCCGGCCUCUGAAACCAAGGAGUUUCGGUCACAGAGCAUACGCCAAGCAGGAGGAAGAGGGAGAAAGGUGUCUGCUUCUCACAUUACUUCCCCAUCAAAAUACUAUCCUUGUCUGGCAUAAUGCUGCCACUGUGGAACACUCUGCUUCUGCUUUACACCUGUAAAGUGUGCCACCACCGCUUCUAUUUUAUUUUGAAGCUAUUGUCCUCCACCAAAGUCAACAGAGUCUUCAGGAUGGCUUUCAGAUCAGCACAUGUGUGUUUUACAUUUUGGUUAGACAAAGGCUAUCUUCCACAAAUGUUGUAGGUAAGGGUAAAGGUAAAGGGACCCCUGACCAUUAGGUCCAGUUGUGACCGACUCUGGGGUUGCAGCGCUCAUCUUGCUUUACUGGCCGAGGGAGCUGGCGUACAGCUUCCGGGUCAUGUGGCCAGCAGGACUAAGCCGCUUCUGGCAAACCAGAGCAGCGCACGGAAACACCGUUUACCUUCCCGCCGGAGCGGUACCUAAUUAUCUACUUGCACUUUGACAUGCUUUCGAACUGCUAGGUUGGCAGGAAUGGGGACCAAGCAAUGGGAGCUCACCCCAUCGCAGGGUUUCAAACCGCCGACCUUCUGAUCGGCAAGUCCUAGGCUCUGUGGUUUAACCCACAGUCCCACCCGCGUCCCAAAUGUUGUAGGGCUCAGCAAAUUAGGAAAAUGCAUUGACACAGUUGAACAGGACCUGCUAGAUGUGGACAGCAAGCUAGGUCUUACUUAAUAUAUUGACUUGGCCCUCCACGUGCUCACUCGAUCUGUUUUUCUUCUAGCCCUCCAACAUAUUUUUCACAAUGGAUGACAUAGUAAAAGUUGGGGAUUUCGGACUCGUGACUGAAAUGGACCAAGACGAAGAAGACAACUCUGUUCUAACACCAAUGCCAGCUUAUGACAGGCACACGGGGCAAGUUGGGACCAAGCUCUACAUGAGCCCAGAACAGGUGCGCCCUAUGCCUUGGUUUUAAUCAGCAGAGCUAAAUGCCACUUUAAUUUUUAAAACCUAGAUGCUAGAGCAGCUUAUUGACUGUAAAUAUGAACUGUGAACCAAGAAGCUGUUGGUUUUUUUAAAUCUUGUCUCGGGUACAAGCUGACUAAGUGACAUUGGACAAACAACUCUUUUUCCCAGUUUCAGCACUCCUCUACAAUAUGGGAAUAGGGACCUCCAGGUAUAAGGCGGUAUAUAAAAUCAGAUAAUAAUAAUAAUAAUAAUAAUAAUAAUAAUAAUAAUAAUAAUAUUUCUGUUCCAUUCUACAAGGUUUUAGUGAGGAUUGCUGAGAGUGUAUGUAGCCUUUUCAGGCUUUAAAUAUUAUAUUGGCUUUCAUUACAUUCAUUGGUGGCUGGUUUUUAAAAAUUCUGUACACUGGAGAAUCAUAUAACUUCAACUUUUUGUAAAUGUAGAAUAAUGUUUUAAAAUAUUUCUGGGUGUCAUUACGUGUUUUCAGACAGUUGUUGUUGUUUAGUCGUGUCCGACUCUUCGUGACCCCAUGGACCAGAGCACGCCAGGCACUCCCGUCUUCCACUGCCUCCCGCAGUUUGGUCAAGCUAAUGUUAGCAGCUUCGAGAACACUGUCCAACCAUCUUGUCCUCUGUCAUCCCCUUCUCCUUGUGCCCUCAAUCUUUCCCAACAUCAGGGUCUUUACCAGGGAGUCUUCUCUUCUCAUGAGGUGGCCAAAGUAUUGGAGCCUCGGCUUCAGGAUCUGUCCUUCCAGUGAGCACUGUAUAGGGUGUCAAGGAACAGAUAUUUGCAAGUGUGGCCUGCAAUAAAACAUUGCAGUGUGAAGUGCCCCUGUUUCCUGUCCAGCCAGCCACGCCCUCUUGCAUGAUAGUCCAUCCUGUCCCUGCUAUCCGUUCACCCUUCAAGGGACUCUUAAUGGAUGCGCUGUCCUCAUUGGUCUGUUUUGAGCUGGAGUCCCUUAGGGUUCUUUCUAAAGAUGCAUAUCUCUGCAGCCUCAUGGGACCCCUGAACAUCCCAAUCUCUUCUCAGUUGGUGCCACUUGGUUACAGUUUAUUAGAGGGAGGGGUUACUGUUGCGAAUAACAUUUUAUUUGAAAAUACACACCAUUCAUGGGUUGGUGUAUAUGUGUGAAGGGGUUUCCCACAUUCCUCAAUAUUGUUGCAUGUAUUAGUUGGCUGCUGUUAUGAAGUAGAUUUUUGAGUUACAGGCAUAGUAAGUCUGUACCAUUUUCAUGCUCUUCAACUAAUUGUGGUGUCUUACAAUGAAAUUAUUAUCCAUUAACGUUUAUUAAAACCAGCUAAAGAUGAUUAGAUAUCAGCUGAUACACAGUUCGCUCCAGUUCUGUAUAUUUUGUUGGGUUUGGUCAGAGACAGGUGUAGGAAGGAAUAAUUGUGGCCUGCAUGAGUUCAAAAGAUCCAAUUGCUUGACCACCACUUUUUUUGUCUUGAAUUCUCUAGGUCUAUGGAAACGCUUAUUCACACAAAGUGGAUAUCUUUUCUUUGGGGCUGAUCUUGUUUGAACUCCUUUACCCUUUCAGCACUCAAAUGGAGAGAGUCAGGGUAGGUACCUCCUGCUAGAAGAUAUCCUUAUCUCUUCCCAGUGAGAAAGUAGAUUUUAGCUUAGUAAUAAGAUAAAAGUUGGGUGUGCAAAAUACUACUGGCAUGGAGUUGUGGGUUUAUAAUAUCGCUGGAGAAGCAAACUAAAUACACCUAGGGUGUUCUGGAGACACUGUAGGCAGGGACACCCGUAAAAGUAUGAUGCCAUGUAGAUUGUAAGGUAAAGGUAAAGGGACCCCUGACCAUUAGGUCCAGUCAUGGCCGACUCUGGGGUUACAGCGCUCAUCUCGCUUUAUUGGCCGAGGGAGCCAGCGUACAGCUUCCGGGUCAUGUGGCCAGCAUGACUAAGCCCCUUCUGGCAAACCAGAGCAGCGCACGGAAACACCGUUUACCUUUCCGCUGGAGCGGUACCUAUUCAUCUACUUGCGCUGGUGUGCUUUCGAAGUCCUAGGCUCUGUGGUUUAACCCACAGCGCCACCCUGAAUCCAAGUUGGGGCUGGUUUUCAUAUCAGUUUUUUGUAUUGUACACUUUUGAAAGCUUGUACAAUAUAAAGGGAAUGAUGGUUGCAAUACCUAUUUUGGGAAGCUUUCUUGCAUCAGAAGCAAGAUGCGAUCUCUCCACCAUCACCACCCCAAAAUAAGCAGCAUAACAGUGGGCCUUUGCUCUGGUAAUUGAUGGGCUUGAUUUUGUAAAUUAUUCUUUUUAAAAUACGUUCGUCCACUAAAGGGAAACCCCCAAAUGUUACAUAUAAAAGGGAUACGAGCUUCCAUGGAACCUGAAAUGUGUAUCAAGCCCAAAAGCAUUCAAGGGGGGGGGAGAGACUGGAUCCAGCACACUGCCUGCUCCCCCCUUCAUUAAACAGCUCUCCUGGGCUGGCCAUCCAUAAAAUUGUAGAGUUGGGGGCACCCCAGGGGUCAUCUGGUCCAACCCCUUAUAAUGCAGGAAUCUGAACUACAGCAUCCAUGGCAGUUACUGUGACCACCUAUUGGCGGUCAAAUGAACUGCAAAGUGUGAUGACACCUUACAUUUUUAUGUAUCCAGGACACAGGGGUCAGCAAACUUUUUCAGCCGUGGGGCGGUCCACCGUCCCUCAGACCAUGUGGGGGGUCGGACUAUAUUUUGGAAGGGGAAAAAACUGAAUUCCUAUGCCCCACAAAUAACCCAGAGAUGCAUUUUAAAUAAAAGCACACAUUCUACUCAUGUAAAAACAUGCUGAGUCCCGGACUGUCCGUGGGCCGGAUUGAGAAGGCGAUUGGGCCACAUCCGGCCCACGGGCCUUAGGUUGCCUAUCCCUGAUCUAGGAAGACCUAAAAUAACUGGAGUAUUUUAAUACAACUUUGCAGAUAGAAAUGUUCAUGAUUUCUAUAAUUUCUCCAUACCGUGAAAUAUUUGCUAUUUCAGUAGCAGGGCAGACCCUUUGGCACACAGAAUUACAAAAUUCCAGCUGACAGGCCCUACUCUGAUGGUUUUCAAUCUAAAACUCAAUGUGUGAUGGGAUAAAUAACAGAGGUAGUGCUAUAACAACAAUAAUAAAUUUAUUACUUAUACCCUGCCUACCUGGCUGGGCCUCCCCAGCCACUCUGGGCAGCUCCCAACAGAAUAUUAAAAACAUAAUAAAACAUCAAACAUUAAAAACUUCCCUAAACAGGGCUGCCUUCAGGUGUCUUCUAAAAGUCAGAUAGUUCUUUAUUUUCUUGACAUCUGAUGGGAGGGCGUUCCACAGGGCAGGUGCCACUACCGAGAAGGCCCUCUGCCUGGUUCCCUGUAACCUCACUUCUCGCAGGGAGGGAACUGCCAGAAGACCCUCGGCGCUGCUAGAAAUGCAGGGCAGCUUACAUGGUUUUAGGAUCUGCAUAAUUCUGUGGACUGUGGAAAAUGUGAUUUCUGCUUUUGUUAUCUAAAGAAGUACAGUUCAGGGCUUCAAGCUAAAGCAAGUGUAUGGCUUGUAAAGAACAAUGUUUCAAAUGACAAUACAAAGGCUUUUUUUUCUUUUCUUGUUACAGACAUUGAGCGAAGUAAGGAACUUGACUUUCCCUCCACUCUUCAUUCAGAAAUAUCCACAGGAGGUAAGUUUUAAUAUAACUUUGGUCUGAUUGUGUGGUUUAUUUUCAAGCUUUGCUUGGGUUAUAAUUUUAAGCUGUGGAUUAUUUUUUUUUUAUUAUCUUGGGGGAUAAUAUUUUAACAAGCUGAAAUAAAUAAUGGUGGUGCAUCACUUCAUUAGAAAAUUCACCUAACUUAUUGUGAUUUCAAAGGGGAACGAUUUUUAUCAUGAUGUCAAUUGAUGUUAAUGAAAGAAGCCCGUAAGAUAAUUAAUGUUGAAAGGCAUUCCAUUGCAUCUUAUUUGUGCUUCAUUUCUGGUUUAUGCUUGCUCUCCUAACAGUAGUACUGUGUGUCGUUAAAUCAUUUAUUUAAGACUGGCACCACAUUAAAAGGAAUGUAUUUUUCCCACCCUUUUAUUUGCUAUGCACAAGCAAUCCAGUCCUUUUAAUUACCGAUUAAGUAUUCCCAGUCACAUGCUUAUGUAGUCAAAACUGCACCAGCCACACACAAGAGAGGAAUUAUCAGUAGACUCAGGUUGACCCUAAGGUACAAAACCUCUGCAGCAAAAAGUAAGUGGGACAUAUAAUAAAAUAUUUUUAAAUGCUGCCUAUAGAAAUAAGUGGAGAAAUCAACGAUAUUAAUUUAACAGGGGCUAGUCACCACUGUGGGACAUGGGUGGCGCUGUGGGUCAAACCACAGAGCCUAGGACUUGCAGAUCGAAUCCCUGUGACGGGGUGAGCUCCCGUUGCUCGGUCCCUGUUCCUGCCAACCUAGCAGUUCAAAAGCAUGUCAAGUACAAGUAGAUAAAUAGGAACUACUCCAGCGGGAAGGUAAACGGCGUUUCCGUGCGCUGCUCUGGUUUGCCAGAAGCGGCUUAGUCAUGCUGGCCACAUGACCCGGAAGCUGUACGCCGGCUCCCUCAGCCAGUAAAGCGAGAUGAGCACCGCAACCCCAGAGUCGGUCAUGACUGGACCUAAUGGUCAGGGGUCCCUUUACCUUUAGGCACCACUGUGUCCACACAACACCCAAAUAACCCAAAAGUUAGAAGCACCAGCUCUCUUUAAUAUUAAUUAAAUCAGUUUGUGUGGGUUCCACAAGCAGUUUUCUAUCACAUUUUCUAUCUUAGCUUCAGAGAUCGAAAUAUCAGAUACCUCCCUACCAUUCUGUUGGGCAAAAACUUAAGUUAAUUAUAAUUUGUUUCAUUGAGAAAAUUCUUCAUUUUUUAAAAAAAUCCCUUAGAGUUUUGCAAAGGAAAAAAGGAGUCUUAAGACCUCCAAGAGAAGUAAGUAAUAAAUAAAAUAUGUACCGUAUUUCUCACUCCAUAAGACGCACCCGACCAUAAGACACACCUAGUUUUUAGAGGAGUUAAACAAGAAAAAAAAAUCUCCAUCUCUGCGCAGCCCCUCUCCAGCAAAGUGGUAGGGGGAACGGAGCCCCUUCCAUUUCUCCUCCCGCUUCGCUGAAGAGGCGCUGCGCAGCUCUCCCUCUCUGCGCAGUGCCAUUUGCUCCAUAAGACGCACACACAUUUCCCCUUGCUUUUUAGGAGGAAAAAAGUGUGUCUUAUGGAGCGAAAAAUACAGUAUUUAAUCACUGGAAUUUAAAAAUAAAAUAUUGGGGUUACAAUGAGCCCAAAUUGCUUCUCAAAUGCAGUGCAAAGAGAGUCUUUGCAUUUCUUUUGUAGUGGGGGGUGCAGACUAGAGCUGAGGAUAACUGUAAACAUCUCCACUGUCCGAAAUCUCACAGAUUUCCCCUAUUUUCCAUUUAGUAUGCAAUGGUAAAGCACAUGCUGUCUCCAAGCCCAACGGAAAGACCAGAGGCUGCAGAGAUCAUCGAAAACCCUUUAUUUGAAGACGUCGAGUUUCCAGCAACGCCUGUGCUCAGGCAAAGGUCACGGACAAUGAGUACAUCCGGAAUGAAGCAUUCAAGAUAG